UAUCAUGAUUAUGGAGGAUAUGUGAUCUGACGUGAAACCAGGCUAUAGCUUAAUCAUUUUUUUCCUAUAGCACUUUCAACUGAUUUCAAUUAAAUUUCAUUGAAGUCUAUAUCUAUUGAUUAUGUAAGCCCGAUCCCACUAUUGGUACAGCUUCCAGUAUGAUCUCCAACUCUUUAUGCGCUUCGUCCUGAUUGGAAUGUUACUGGAAGUGAUGUUUUUAUUAAGACGACCAAACUGACUCGAGAUAUAAACCUUCAAACUGCUCAAUUUCGCCAUCGAUUGAGAGACGGAAUGGAGAAUUUUACUGUAUUACCUGACCAGAGCAAUUAUACAAAUCAAUCUUGUGAUGGGUAUGAGAAUGCUACCGGUUGCUAUGGGAAUUUGACCGGGAAUAGAGCGGGGUCGGAUCCUGGUACGAGCUGGGAUGAUGCUACUUGGAUCCUCACGAGUGCGUUUGUGAUAUUUACUAUGCAAUCAGGUUUUGGUCUCCUGGAGUCUGGUAUGGUAUCCCGUAAGAAUGAAGUCAAUAUCAUGGUAAAGAAUGCUGUUGAUGUCAUCUUUGGUGGAUUGACUUACUGGAUGUUCGGUUAUGGUUUAAGCUUUGGUGACGACGAGGGAACUAACCCAUUCUGUGGAGUUGGUCAUUUCUUCACCGAUUCUGGUGAUGCAGACGAGCUAGGUUGGAUCUUUGCUCAGUUUGUAUUUCAGGCUUCAUUUGCUACCACUGCUACUACUAUAGUAUCAGGUGCGAUGGCAGAGAGGACUAAACUGGAAGCAUAUUGUGUUUUCUCUUUGGUAAACACUCUCAUUUACUGCUUUCCAGCUCAUUGGAUCUGGGCAAAGACUGGUAUAUUCAAUCAAAUGGGUGCUGUUGAUAUAGCGGGUGCUGGUGCUGUUCAUUUAGUUGGAGGGAUCACUGGCUUGACGGCGACAUUGAUGUUGAAACCCCGUCGUGGUCGUUUCUCAAGCCCACGCGCAACCAUGGAAAUGAGUAAUCCUACUAAUGCUUUGCUUGGAAUGUUCAUGCUCUGGUGGGGAUGGCUUGGUUUUAACUGUGGAUCAACGUUUGGUAUCUCUGGUGGAAAAUGGAAACUUGCAACGAGGUCUGCUAUCGUGACCGUAAUGUCAGGCGUUGGUGGCGGUAUAUUGAGUAUGAUCUGCAGCUACAUACAGCGGCCGAACGGACACAAAUUUGAGCUGGGUUACCUAAUGAAUGGUAUCCUAGGUGGUCUUGUCGCUAUAACAGCUCUAUGUGCUUUAGCACGUCCAUGGGAAGGGUUAUUGAUAGGAUCUAUUGGUGGUCUCAUCGCAGUCUACACACCACCCUUGCUAGAAAAGUUCAGAAUUGACGACCCUGUAGGGGUAAUAGGGGUCCAUGCUGUAUCUGCAUCAUGGGGUAUCUUAGCAGUUGGUAUAUUCGCUCAGCCAGAUGAUAUCGAGAAUCUUAAUGUGAGAUCAGGGUUAUUCUACGGUGGUGGAUGGGAGCUCAUUGGCAUACAAGCUUUGAUGCUGGUCACUCUUAUAGCCUGGACCGGUCUGACGUCAUUCAUCCUUCUCUAUGCCAUACAAAUCACUAUAGGUCUUCGAUGUUCCGUAGUCGAAGAGAUUCUGGGAGCAGACAUCAUUGAACACGGCAUUGAUCAAAGCAGUCCCGAGGAUCGCGCAAACGUUCUCCGUGAACUUCACUCGUUGGGGAAAGAAAUCCCGGAAUAUUUACUCUAUAAUUCAUCAGGUCGGAACUGGAGACAGAGUGCGCGAACCCUUCACGUGGGAUCAUCGACGGUUUCAAGGGAACUCUGUGACAUCGAGAGGAGAUCGAGUAUCUUUUCGUUAUCAAGCACUGCUGUAGAACGACCGAAACAAAAUGAAGACAUCACAUUCCCCAGUCGAAAUCGCAUGGAACUUUUUGAGAACAAUGGCAUAGGACAAACCAUGAAUGGAAAUCUGAGGAGGACUACGAGCAAGAAAUAUCGAGGAAAGAAACAUUUGAUGCCCCUUAGCAAAGGAAAGAACAGACUUCAUUCAAAUGGAUCAAGGCAGAAACCAUUGGAGUUGGAUGUGUCAAGGCUUGAGAUCAGAGAUCGGCAGACGACGGAUGUCACGGAAACGGUUGUCAUAGAAACCGCGAACAAGCCUUCUUCCUAGCCGCAGUACUUUUGAAAAUCAUCACAUCAAAGCUUACUUGUUUUCGAAUUGAUAGAUUCUAAUGUCGCUUAGGUCUUCGUUUUAUUUUACUCAGUUGAGAGGAAAUAACACUAACUUUUACCAAGAUAUUUCCCAAAGUUCCGCAUCAUCUACUUAAAUAGAAAGCUAUUUGAAAUCCCUCUUACACAUGCGUUGACGGUA